AUGGCUGCUCCCUUGUCUUCCUGGCCUUGGGGAAACUUGGGUGCCUACAAGUAUCUCUUAUAUGGGCCUCUUGUAACCGAGGCUCUGCAUUCUUGGGUGAAUGGGACAUCAAAUGAUCGGUGUCUUCACCUUCUAAUCCUCUGUGGCCUCAGAGGGCUCGUAUACCACUUCCGGACCUCCUUCAGCAACAUGCUCUUCCUCACUCGGACGCGGCGAGUGAUCACAGACGGCGUCGACUUCAAGCAAAUCGACAGGGAGUGGGACUGGGACAAUUUCCUUAUCCUCCAAGCUCUCAUUGGAGCCAUAGCAUUUUGCUUUGUCCCAUCCUUAAGAGGCCUCCCAUUCUGGGACUUCAGAGGGUGCAUUGUUGCUUUGUUACUCCAUGUUGGGGUCUCAGAGCCCUUGUUCUAUUGGGUGCAUAGGUGCUACCACACAGGCUAUCUCUUCACCAACUACCAUUCAUUACACCACUCCUCUAAGGUGCUCCGGCCCUUCACAGCUGGAUUUGGUACUCUUUUGGAGCACCUAAUGCUUGGUGUGGUGAUGGGUGCCCCACUUCGUGGGGCCUUCUUGAUGGGAUCCGGCUCUAUUAGCUUGAUGUAUGGCUACAUUCUUGUCUUUGACUCCCUGAGGUGCAUGGGGUACAGCAACGUGGAGGUGUUCUCUCAUGGCUUGUUUGAGGCCCUUCCUUUUCUCAGAUACCUGAUUUACACCCCUACAUACCACAGUCUACAUCACAUAGAAAAGAACUCCAAUUUCUGCCUUUUCAUGCCUAUUUAUGAUGUGUUUGGAAGAACACUCAAUAGCAAGUCAUGGCAGUUGCAGAAGGAGAUAAGCUCAGGGAAAAGUAAGCAAGUUCCUGACUUUGUCUUCCUUGCCCAUGUCAUAGAUGUGAUCUCGUCCAUGCAUGCGCCCUUUGUGUCUCAAUCAUGUGGCUCGGAACCAUUUGUCACCAAGCUUUUCAUGUUGCCACUCUGGCCUCUUGCUUUUUUGGUAAUGCUCUUAAUGUGGGCUUGGUCUAAGACCUUCUUGUUCACCUUCUACAACCUAAGGGGCCGACUCCACCAAACAUGGGUAGUCCCAAGAUAUGGGUUUCAGUAUUUCUUGCCAUCUGCUAAAAGUGGCAUCAAUAACCAGAUCGAGUUGGCAAUCUUGAGGGCAGACAAGAUGGGAGUCAAGGUCCUCAGCCUUGCAGCAUUGAAUAAGAAUGAAGCACUCAAUGGUGGAGGAACACUAUUUGUAAGCAAACACCCAAAUCUAAAAGUGAGAGUUGUCCAUGGAAACACCUUGACAGCAGCUGUGAUCCUUAACGAAAUUCCAAAGGAUGUGAAAGAAGUUUUCUUGACCGGGGCGACAUCUAAGCUAGGACGAGCAAUUGCACUAUACCUUUGCAGGAAAAAAAUUCGAGUCAUGAUGCUGACUCUGUCAACUGAAAGAUUUCUGAAAAUUCAAAAGGAAGCCUCUCCAGAGUGUCAACACUAUCUUGUGCAAGUCACCAAGUGCCAAGCAGCGCAAAGUUGCAAGACAUGGAUAGUGGGCAAGUGGCUAUCGCCAAGGGAGCAGCAUUGGGCGUCAUCAGGCACGCACUUCCACCAAUUCGUCGUCCCUCCAAUCAUUGGCUUCAGAAGAGACUGCACCUACUGGAAGCUGGCUGCAAUGAGGCUUCCCCAGGAUGUCCAAGGCCUGGGAACCUGUGAGUACACAAUGGAGCGAGGUGUGGUGCAUGCCUGUCAUGCUGGAGGUGUGGUCCAUUGCUUGGAAGGUUGGAGCCAUCACGAGGUCGGCGCCAUCGCUGUGGACCGGAUCGAUGUUGUGUGGAGAGCUGCAAUGAAGCAUGGAUUAACACCUGUUUGAACACAUUCAUCUUUCUCAGCUAGCUUCAUUCGCUCACACAAAAAAUGGAGGAAGAAGAAGAAGGAAAAAAAAAAAAACAAACCAUUUUCUCUGCUUCGGUUUUCGGGGAUACUCAUCUACGAUAGGAAAUUCCAAGCAUGUAUUUCGGUGCUAUUCUUUGUCAUGUACGUUGGGGGAUAACAAAGCUAAGGGCUUCUCCACGUAUGUGGCGGUUGUAGGCUGGUGUGAAUGGUAGAUGGAAACUUUGCGUCAACUGAAGAACAAAAACACAUGCAUGCAGGAGCUAAAUGGCUGUGUCCCUCAAAAAUGUAAGAUAUAUGGAUGCAUUAGUAAAGAUAUUUGAUCCUCGCGGUU